CGUAUGCUGCCCCCUUCUGCCUUCCCAAAAUCUCCCCUCAAAGGGUAAAACUUAUUCCCAAAACACCCCUUCGGCCAUCUCAAGGGUCCACUCAGCCGUCGAUGCCUCCGAGGCUCCCCCCCUUCAAAUCUCCGCCUCCUCCAUUCCUGUCUCAAGUCUCAGCCCUCUGACUCGAAAAAAGCUCUUCAAACUCACGAGAAAAAUAUGGCCCUUUUCUCCCCUAAAUGCCCCUCCUCUUCCCAUUUUGCCCCCGCUCAGCAGCGCCUUAAUCCCUCUCCCGUUCUAUCCUCUCGAAAAUGGGUCUCUCCUAAGUUGUCUAAGAAGAGGCAAUGGCGUGUUGUUCGCGUCCAAGAAGCAGGUUCUACCGUACCUGUGGCCCCUGUCAAAGAGAUCCCUGUGGAAAAAGCUGGUAAUGGUGUAUUGCCAGCUAUAUCUUCUUCUGAAUUUCUUGACGCAACGAGUAAGAAAGGCGGGGAGUCAACAGUUAGUAUAACAGUUGUUGGAGCAUCUGGGGACCUUGCGAAGAAAAAAAUAUUUCCCGCACUGUUUGCACUUUAUUAUGAAGAUUGCCUUCCUCAGCACUUUACCAUUUUUGGUUAUGCUCGUAGUAAGAUGACAGACGUGGAAUUAAGAACUAUGGUCAGCAAAACACUCACCUGCAGAAUAGACAAAAGGGAGAAUUGUAGUGACAAGAUGGAACAGUUUCUGAAAAGAUGCUUCUAUCAUUCAGGUCAAUAUGACUCUGAAGAGCACUUUGCUGAGCUGCAUAAGAAGCUGAAAGCGCAUGAGGCUGGGAGGGUUUCAAACCGCUUGUUUUAUCUAUCAAUCCCUCCAAAUAUAUUUAUAAAUGUUGUGAAAUCUGCAAGCACAUCAGCUUCUUCUGACAAUGGAUGGACAAGGGUGAUUGUGGAAAAACCCUUUGGUAGGAAUUCUGAAUCUUCUGCUGCCUUGACAAGAGGCCUAAAGCAGUACUUGGAUGAGGAUCAAAUUUUCAGAAUUGACCACUACUUGGGGAAAGAAUUGGUUGAGAAUUUAUCCGUUCUUCGUUUCUCUAACCUUGUUUUCGAGCCAUUGUGGUCAAGGCAAUACAUAAGGAAUGUCCAAUUUAUCUUCUCUGAAGAUUUUGGCACUGAAGGACGUGGAGGGUACUUUGAUAGCUAUGGGAUUAUUAGAGACAUAAUGCAGAAUCAUCUGCUUCAGAUAUUGGCCUUGUUUGCCAUGGAAACUCCAGUCAGCUUGGAUGCAGAAGAUAUCAGAAAUGAAAAGGUUAAGGUUCUACGAUCAAUGAAGCCAUUGCAACUAGAAAAUGUGGUGAUAGGACAAUAUAAAAGCCAUACAAAGGGAGGUAUCACAUACCCAGCAUACACAGAUGACAAGACUGUACCAAAUGGUAGUAUUACACCAACAUUUGCUGCCGCUGCCCUUUUUAUAGACAACGCAAGAUGGGAUGGGGUUCCGUUUCUUAUGAAAGCAGGAAAGGCUUUGCAUACAAAGAGAGCGGAGAUUAGAGUACAGUUCAGACAUGUUCCUGGGAAUUUGUAUAAGAGGAAUUUUGGGACCGAUCUUGAUCGGGCUACCAAUGAGCUUGUGAUUCGUGUGCAACCUGAUGAGGCUAUUUACCUAAAGAUCAACAACAAGAUCCCUGGUUUAGGGAUGAGAUUGGAUCGCAGUAAUCUCAAUCUUCACUAUGCUGCAAGAUACUCGAAAGAGAUACCGGAUGCUUACGAGAGACUUCUACUCGACGCAAUCGAAGGGGAACGGAGGUUGUUUAUUCGUUCGGAUGAACUGGAUGCUGCUUGGGAGCUCUUCACUCCUCUUCUCAAAGAAUUAGAGGAGAAGAAGAUUGCACCAGAGCUGUACCCUUAUGGAAGCCGAGGCCCUGUUGGUGCUCAUUACCUUGCCGCCAAGCACAAUGUUAGAUGGGGUGAUCUCAGUGCAGAACACAAUAAAGGAUUGUGACUGCAGAGGAUCAUGAUGUUGAUGACGAUUGUAUUGUUAUUCGCUUUGUUGUUCAAGGAUUGCGAGUUAUUUUGAUUUACACAUGAAUAAAUGUUUGUGGGAGAUGGCGGGAGAUGGAAGAAUAAUCAAACAGUUCAUGGUAGUUUAGAAUAAUAAAACAGUUCAACAGUCGUUUUCGUGUGAAAUUUUGAUCAUUGUACCCUUGUUAUAGUAGCAUUACAUUAUGAUUAGGGUUUAUAGAAGGAUGCGCUCUUAAAUUU